UAUAUUUACAUGUGUGUAUAUAUACUGUCCCAAUGCAUUAAUCACGUGGCAUUGUUGAACGUGUAUACGUGAAUAUAAGAAUGCUACCCCCACUAUUGGAACUUCCAGAUUCCAGACUGUGUAUAACCGUGUUUUUAUAUGUAGAGUUGUGGAUUAUUCAGUCAAUGGAAGAUUGCAUUCGCGAUUGCAUGUUUGAUACCGUGUAUAUCAUGCGUUGAAUUCUAAAUUUUUGUUUGUAUUUACAAUAUUUGAUCUAUUAAAAAUGUCAAAUAUGGCAAUUCAGAACAUAAGUAGAAUGUCACGAUUGUUCCAACCACUGUCAUCUAGGAUUAGUACUGCUAAACAAUCAGAACCUAUUUCAAAAAGUUAUGAGAAUUUAACGAGAUAUGGAUUUAUUAAACAAGUUAAUAGUGGCAUGUAUGCAUAUUUACCCUUGGCAUUACGUGUUUUAAAUAAAUUAAUAACUAUUAUUGACCAUGAAAUGGAAAAGAUUGGAGGGCAAAAGCUAUUACUUCCAGCUUUGACAUCAACCAAAUUGUGGAAUAAAACAAACAGGCUUGAUGAUAAUUUAUCUGAGUUAUUUAUACUGAAUGAUAGAUUCGCAAAAAAAUACAUACUUAGUCCAACAUGUGAAGAAAGUAUUUGUAACUUAUUAUCAACCAUAGGAACAAUACCGUCACACAUGAUACCUUUGAGACUGUAUCAAAUCUCGAAUAAAUGGAGGGAUGAGAUGAAACCACGUCAUGGAUUUAUAAGAAGUAGAGAAUUUCUUAUGAAAGAUCUAUAUACAUUUGAUUUUGAUUUAGAGAGUGCACAAAAGACUUAUGAAAUAGUGAAUGAAGCUUAUGAAAAUAUAUUUACAAAGAUAGGUGUAACAUUUAUAAAAGCUGUUGGUGAUACAGGAAUUAUCGGAGGUUUAAUGUCUCAUGAGUAUCAUUAUAAAGGUAGUAUUGGAGAAGAUACUGUCUUUAUAUGCCCAUCUUGUCAGUACACUAUUAACAAAACUAUUUGCAAUGAUACGCAUUGUCCUAACUGUAAAAAUGAAUUUUUGAAAGAGCAAGUUGCUGAGAUAGCACAUACAUUUUUAUUAAACACAAAAUAUACAGAACCCUUGAAUGUAGUAUAUAGAACAAAUAAUUCAUCAACACCCUUUGUAAUGGGAUGCUAUGGAAUUGGUAUAAGUCGCAUCUUUAUGAUGCUGGCUGAAACAUUAUCUACUAAAACCGAAUUGAGGUGGCCAAAACAUUUAGCACCUUAUACAAUUUGUAUUAUACCACCAAAAAAAGGGAGCAAAGAAGAAAUUGCAACUCAAUAUCUAGACAAAAUAAUAGGACUGUUAAAUCAUUUACAUAUCGAUGCUAUACUUGAUGAUAGAACAAAUUUGACUAUUGGAAAUCGAUUGAUGCAUGCUCGUGUAACUGGAUUUCCAUAUGUUAUUUUAAUUGGAAAAUCUGCUAUGCAAUCAACACCUCUGUUUGAAAUCCAUAAUACAAAUAAUGCAACACAGUGUGAAGUAACUUUAGAAAACAUAUAUACUUAUUUUAACAAUGAAUUUAAAGAAGAUGAAGAAUUAUUAGAAAUUAAUAAAAUAAAAGUACAAUAA